AUGACAGAACGUAGUACUUCGAGUUAUGUGAAGUCAUCCCGUCGAAUACGUCGAUCAAUCUCACGUAGUGCAGAGCCUGAAAGUACUUCAAAUUCAAAUGAAUUAUCGAAAGAAGUUAUAGCAAGUGGAGGACUAGCGAACACACAUUUUCAGCAGCGUGUAAUCAAUGUAUCAAAUGCACCACCAGUUAGUUUGAAGCGUGAAAAAACUGGUGAAUGGGAGAUUAAACAAGGUUCUGGUGGUUUAGUUUCAGCAGUUGAUCCAGUGAUGUCCAAAGAUAAAGAAAAUGUUUGGCUUGCUAAUCUUGGAAUGAAUUUGCAGAAAAAACCCAAAAGACAUCAAGAAACCCAAAAUAUACAACCGACAACAAAUACGUUAGGAUUACCGUUGCUGAAGCAAGCAAAUGCAGAUGUACUAUUUCAUGUACUAGCAGAUGAACCAGAUGAAAAAGAACAGAACGCUGAAAAUAAAACUGCGAGAGAAGAAAUGUCAUUACUGGGUGUUUUGCAUAAUUAUAAUCGAGGAAAUUAUAAACUAAAUCCAGUUAUUGUUCAAGAAGAUGAUUACAAUGUAUAUUAUGGUGGAAUUAGUAAUGGUUUAUUAUGGCCAGCCUUGCAUAACUUAGACGAAUACAUUGUAAAAGAAUAUAAUGAUCCUAAGAUUGUGCGCGAACACUGGUAUGCAUAUGUGAGAGUUAAUUAUCAAUUUGCUAUUGAUGCCGUCAGAAACAGUCGUCCACAAGACUUUAUUUGGAUUCAUGAUUAUCACUUGGUGCUAACUGGAAUGAUUAUGCAAAGUUUGGAUGAAAAUCUCGAAGUUGGAUUUCAAACUCAUCGAGAUCGAGACAAAUUCAUUGAACUUUGCCGUCUUCAUUUACCCUUGUGUGAAAUAAAUUAUGAGAGUUCAAAUGAUAUUUACUGUGUGACUUACGAAGCAUGGACUAGUUCACUUGGUGUUUUUCCGGUUUCUAUUAAAAAUGAAGAUUUUAUGCAGUUUGUUCGAUUACCUGAAACAAGUCGAAAAGCUAAAGAAAUAAGAGAAACUAUAAUGGGACCAGACGCUCCGAAAGAUGCCAAAUUGUUUUUUUCUGUCGAGCGAUUUGAUUAUACUAAAGGAAUUAAAGAAAAAUUGUUGGCAUACAGGAAGUACUUUGAAAAAUAUCCAGAUCGUAUUGGAAAAGAUGUUCUCUACCAGGUUGCUGUAACAAAUCGACGUAGUGUAGAUACUUAUCGCAUUUAUCAAGAUGAAUGUAUUUUGCUAGCUGAAGGUAUUAUCAAAACUUGUGUCUGUCCUGAAAGACCAAAUUGGAAACCACUUAUUUUCACUACAGAUGGAUUACCUCGCAAAGAUCUUGUCGCUUGUUAUCUGGCAAUGGAUGUUGGCGUUGUCACACCAAAAAAAGAUGGCAUGAAUUUGGUAGCUAAAGAAAUGUUAUUGUGUAAUCCAAAUGCAGGAUUGAUAUUAUCAACAGGAGCUGGUAGUGAAGUACAGUUUACAGAGGCUGGAUUUUAUAAGGAAAAUGGUGAUCAGUGCUACAAAAGAGUUGCAGAUUUGUAUGAUUUAGAAAAUUACGCUGAUGCAUUUUAUGAAGCAGCGGUUGAAGAUUUCGAUAUUCAAAAAUCAAAUGGAUCAAAACUUCAUGAUUUUAUUGUUGCGAAUGAUAUUGAAAAAUGGAGUGCUGCAUUUUUAGAUCCAUCGUGGACUCAUCAAGUAAUACGACCAAUUGAGGCAAGAGUGAAAACUUUGGAAGAUUUUUUUACGAUAAUGUUACAAACACGUAAUGUUAGACGUCAAAUUGUGGAACGUGUUUUGAAAGGCAUACCCAUUCGGAGUCAUUUUGCUGUUUCACUGAAGAAUGCUCUAGAUUCAUUGGCAUUAAGUUGUGAAACAAAUUCUACUGAGCUGAGUCUAAGGACAACAUCAGAAGAAGAUCUUGCAGACUACUCCACUUUUGAUAUUAAAAAUGAACUGGACGAAUUUGAAAAAGAUCUUAGUUUUCUUAAAUUUAUUCAAAGUGACGAUGUCAACAAUGUUGAACAGUUUGUUGAUACGCUGCAAGCUUAUCAUCCAAUUUCAUCAGAUGCAUUUAAAGAAGAAGUUGCUGGAGCAGUUGAACUUCUCUACAACGCUGAUCACUUUCAAUAUUUUUUUACCGAUCGUGAUGGCACUUUGAAAUCAUAUUGUUGUAGUUAUCAGGCUAGUAUACAGCCAGCUUAUGCUGCUGUUAUCCAAGCCCAGUUUGCCCGACGUUGCGCACAAACUUGCGCUAUUAUUACAACAUCGCCAUUAAUGGGUGUAGGCAUACUGGAUGUGAGUACAAUGCCUGAAGGUUAUUACUAUUAUGGUGCUUCUGCUGGACGUGAAUGGUUCAUAGAUCCUCAUAAUAAAUUUCGUGAUUUAAGCAUUACCGCCGAGCAGUUACAAAUGCUUAACAAAAUGUAUGAUGACAUAAACGAGCUCCUAAAUACUCCGGAAUUCAAAUAUUUCAAAUGUGUUGGGUCAGGUUUACAAAAGCAUUAUGGUCAUUUAACUGUUGCAUACCAGGAUAUUUAUGGUUCAGUCCCAUGGGAACAGUCUAACGCGCUAUUGAAAAAAAUUUACGAGAUAGUUUACGACAUCGAUGCAGCACAAAGAACUUUUGUCGUAAAAGAAGGAGACACGGAUAUCAAAAUUUUUUUAAAGGAUAAAAACGGGAUUGUUUUCAACAAAGGUCAUGGUAUAGCUCUAAUGGUAGGGAAUAUUCGGUGCAAAUUAUGUGAUGGUAAUAUUCUAGUUUGUGGUGAUAGUGAAUCUGACUUGCCUAUGGUGGAAGUAUGCUUGGGAAGAAAUCCAAAAAAUGUUUACACUAUUUGGGUUACAAAGAGAGAUGAUUUAAAAAAUAGGGUUAUGUCAUUGUGCAGAAGAUAUGGUAACAAAAAUGUUGCAUUUGUUUCCUGUCCAGAAGCACUUCUGGGAGCUAUGGCUCAGGCUACGAUUCGAGAAAUUAGCAUCGUUAGGCCACGCCAUAAGUUCUUAAGUAAAAAACCUUAA